GGAUAUUCACACUGAGCCGGUCUUUAUUACUCUGACAGCGUUAGUGCAGUCUGCGGAAACAGAGAAGUGAAUGUUGAUUUAGUACGUUUUGAUUUAAAGCAGCUAAUUAGCUCUAAAGUUACCGAAGCUAACGUUACUUUAGCAUUAACGGUUGUUACUUCCGUGUCCUCCGGUCCCGUUUAAUCCCAGCUGCAGUUGCUGUUCUUGGUUUGUUUUGAAGCUGAAUGAAGCCCACAGAGCUGAGCCUGAGCUGACCGUGGUUAUAUCGGAUUGUGUUUAUCAGGCAGCGUGUCGCCAUGACGCAGAGAAAGAGGCUGUCCAACACACAGAGCUCCUCUCAGAGUAAGAGGCAUUCGGGCCCUGUAGUGUCUCUGGAUGAUGAUGAUGACACAACCUUCACUCAGCCGAGUACGACACAGGUCCAGAGAGGGCUGGAGAAGCUCACACCUGCACAGGUCGACCAGAAGACAGCUGAGGUGGUGCAGUACUUCUUGGUGAGGGACCAAAAGAAGAUUCCUGUGCGCAGAGCAGACCUCGUGAAACACGUGGUGAAAGAGUACAGAAACAUCUACCCUGAGAUCAUGAAGAGAGCGUCACGUACUUUUGACCAGGUUUUUGGCCUUAAAAUGGUUGAAAUCGACGCCAAAAAUCACAUGUACAUACUCAUCAAUAAGCUGGAGACGGUCGAGGGGACCUCACCGAUCAACCCCACCAAUCCAAAGAUGGGUCUGCUGUUUGUGAUCCUGAGUGUUAUUUUCAUGAAAGGAGGCGUUGUCAGAGAAAACCUCAUCUGGAACACUCUUAAGAAACUCCGUGUUGACCCCGGAGAGAAACACGAAGACUUUGGUGAUGUAAAGAAGGUGGUCACAGACGAGUUUGUGCGCCAAAGGUACCUGGAGUACGGGCGAAUCCCUCACACAGAGCCGGUGGAGCACGAAUUCCGAUGGGGUCAACGUGCUGAAGUUGAAGUGUCGAAAGCCAAAAUCCUGGAGUUCAUGGGUGAACUUCAUGAACAGGACCCUCAGAGCUGGAGCCAGCAGUACAGAGAGGCCCACUCCGUCUCCAGCUCCACACAGCCCAGCACCAGCAGCCAAAGAUAACUCUGCUACUGAGAAUACUUUUUUUAAAUUUAUUUUGGUUGUUGAUGCUGGAAGAGAGAAGCUGCAUCUUUUCUUUUUUAAUUUGUGUACAGCGAAGAUGAAUCUACUGUUACAAAGCCAAGGAGUCUGUUUAAACUAUCAGUUCAUAUCUUCAUACUUUAGCUUUUAGUCUAAUGACAUUUAAUAUGACACACAAUUAGUCAGGUAUUCAUUUUUUAUUUUAUUGCCUGGACUUUAAAGAUAACAGUUCUUUGUUCAAGUUCAGAAAAUAAAAUCCUUUUUACAUUAGAUUCUACAUCAGUGAUUGCAUUUAUUAACACUGUCUUUUCAUUCAUUUCUCUCACAUACACUCAUUACUGUUAGACAGGACUGUGUUCUUGUCUCUCUUAUAUCCCACUCGCUACGUAUAACAGGACACACAGGCACCAUUGCACAUGUACAUACAGAAAAGAGACAGCACGAGUUCACUGGUUCGACACUGUGGAUUUGUUACCACUGACUUUAAGAACUGAACAAGUGUUUCAAAGGACGGCUUGAUAGUUAAGAUCCUAGUUUUCUGACUGAUACUCAUCACACACUGUGGUAAGAAGUACAAGCAAGUAUUUACACUGUACUGUGUGCUGGCAACCUUUUCUUUUUUCUUUUUUUUUU